UGUUUAAACUACGAGAGUGUAAGAACCAUAGAUGGUUGGUUUUGGCUUGCACCUUGGAGGGAUAGGAAGGUGGCAUUUCGUGAGCCGUACAGGAGCUCAUCUCCGCUGCUUGUUGUAGCUAGAUGAUGGCUGCCUUCAGGAUGCUAUCAAUGAUGGGUAUGGGGCGUGGGAAGAUGCUGCAAUGAUUAAGUUGUUUGUAAGGUUAGACCUGAUCGCUUGCUGCUUGCAUUUUUUCUAGAAGGUAUCUCGGAGCGAGAGGAAUUUUUAUUUUUGUUGGUAUGGUGCUUUGGACGGUGCUGUUGCGGAGAGUGUGGAGCGGUUUUUGGAGAAAUCGGGGUCUUCCGUUUUGGGGGGAGCGCGGAAGAGAGUGAGAAAUUUGGAGACUUUUUUCAUGUGAGAGUAGCGCCCAUCCAUGUAAGGAACAACUGACAGACGGGUGUGGAGGGUCCAGGAUGCUGAUGAGAUGGAACUUGCAAGACUACUUACAUUGACAGUAGCUGAGGAUGAGAUUGGCUAGGGAGGGGUGGGAUCAGGUGGCAGCAUCAAGUGUGUUGCAUUAUGUAAGAGAGUCUCUGCAAUUUGGCGUGUGCUUUCUCUCUCUGAAAGCUUUACCUAUCGAUGGUGGAAAUUUAUCUUCCUUUAAAAUAAAAGCGUUGAAAGCAAUAAUUGAUCCAGAACAUAUUGCAUCCAUAAUUCAGACAACAGUCCAACAAUCGAACGAACCAAACUGGACUGCUGCCAGGCACAACUUCUCUAGAACGAGCGGAGCGCUGCCGAAGCUGACAAAAACCAGCCGGAGAUAAAUCAUCUCUAAUGAUGUAUCAUUUGUUUAUCAUCAUCAAAGAAGAAGAGUAAAUGGUAAGGAAAAACAAAAACAGUGAGCAACCACAACACAGUGUUGACUCAGGAUAUACCCCACUGAAGAGAGCUCCUUCUCGGAGAAAUAAUACAAAGGCUCUCCCGGUCAAGCGCAGUCGCACCAAAACUCCAAGAGCGGGAGCAACAGAGGACAAAAUAGAGGGGAACUCGUAAACGGGCGCAUGCCUUUGGCCGUGGGAAAAAUCGGGAGCUUUUCACUGCCAAAGUACCGUGUGGGGACACCAGGAAUUUCUAGGUUCUGUCAGAUUAGAGUUUGCAUUCGGCGGUAGUGCGUCAUCCGGGUCGAGUUUUCCGUAGCGACGUUCUUCAAGGCGAGUGAGGCAAUUCUCCAAACAACAGAGGAGUAUACCUAUAUUUUGUGGUGAGAAAAGAAAACAUUCCACAGCCUACUGGUGGCAUACUGUCAGGUGUGCAUUUCGCUGAUCUAGUGAUCCCUGUGUCGUGUGAACCAAGUGGUCCCAGUUGGCCACGGAUACGGAAUGCAUCAAUGAUUGAUUGUGCUCUUUAGCUCGGUGUAAUUUUUCGCACCGCUUUCGCCAGUUUGGAAGAAUCUCUAAUUCUCAAGUGGUGACCGUGAAACCGUGGGAGAACGUGAGCUGAGGCGAAAGUGUUUGUUGACAGCAGGCGUUUAGUGUUUCUGCAGAUUGCAGUGUGAUUUCCAGAAUUGAUUUAUUCAAGUGGGGGGAAGAAGGAAGAUGGAUGUUUGGUGCAUCAUAGCAGAAGGACCGCACACUGCAGCAAACGCAAAAGGAUAAAUCAUUGAGUCGAAGUACAUCGUUGGAGGAUUUGUAUGUGGGCAUUUUUGGAUGCUGAAUAGAUGAUUUUCACAUCCGCUGUAUUAUUUAGCGGUGCUUAUGAUAAUGAUGAUUAAUAAAUAAUGUGCUUGGAAGAUUGGGAAGAACAACAGAGCAUUUGAAACGAAAGUGAGAAAUGUUCUUGAGAUAAAAAUUGUUGAAAGCAAGUGGAAGUAAAAGAAGCCAUUGCAAGAAAAGGAUAAAAGAAGUGUAUCAAGUGAAGUGAUCUAUGAGCAGUUAUUAAUUCAAGGACGUUGCGGCAGAUUGAAGUGAGGAAGACAAAGCAGAUAUUGUGAGUAAUCCAGAAAAGAGCAACCGAUUUGAUCAGAGUAAUCGAUCUGAUGAGUGAAAUAGUAGAAUCUGUAAGUGCGAGCAAAUAAAGGAUUAUCAGUGAUGAAGACAAAGUUCGAAUGAAUAUUUUAAUUGGAUCAACACCAGGCUGCGGAUUACACGUUCACUUUACUUUGUUGCAUAAUCCGUUGCUCCUGUCAUCAUCAUCAUCAGUGCAGCAGUGAGUGAAGGGUGCGACGACGGAAGGAUUCAUCGUUAGUGAGAAGUAUACAUGCACAUGCAAUAAAGGAAGAAGGCAGGCUGAGCUGAAAAUAGACACCGAGUGUCGUCCUUUAAAAUUCAAAUUAACCGUAGCCCUAUAAUAAGUGGAAUAUUAUUAUCUUCAUAACAUACGCAUAACUGAUACAUACGCAACUUAACUACUCUUCAAUGUUGGAUGUUUGUGCUGCCCUUGAUCAAGCAAAAGUUAAUUAGAUUCUAGGUAGACUGAGUGACUGUUACAAAGAUCAUUUGCAGAUAUCAGGAAUCCUCCAUAUGAGGCACUUGUACCAGCAUUGCCAUAAAAACCAACGGGAGCAUAUUCCAGAUAUCCAUCGGAGUGCAACAUUACAGAUUUCUACCCAUGGUAUUAGUGACUCGUAUGAAAACUCGCAAUACAUUAUCUUCUGCUUCACAAAACAAACAGCGCGGCCAAUAACGUUUUAAUUAACACAAAAUCAAAGCAACUGUAAAUAGAGCAAAAACAAAACCGCUGUACGUCCUCAAUCGAGGAAAACCAGGAAAAAACACAAAUCCAUUCCGUCAGAUCGUUAAAAAAAAUUGCAGAAACGAGAGAAAAAAAUACCGUGACAAAUAAUCCAGAGCCCCAGACCGUAAAAAGCGAAUUUGUCAACAAGCCAUCAAAUCAACCAGAUUGAAUGCAAUAAAACAAUAACUCCCCGGGCAACGAACGAGUCCCAGCCAUUAUCCGUUGAAAUGAAACCGUUCCAAUCCCAUCGCGCCAAAUAGCCACCGCCGGGGAAGCCUUCGUUUCCGGCCAUUACAAUUUCUAUGCAAACCCAGUUGGCCGAGCCAGCCAUGUGACCGUCGCCCACCGCCAGUGUGAGAAAGUGAGGGACGCUGCAGUGAUAUUCGAACGUUUCGCCCUGUUCUAACGAGUGCUAACAGAAGAGGGGUUCCACGUUUUGAGGAAUAAAAAUAAAAGUGCUAGAAAUUUAACGGCUUUACCUCUUCCGUUGUUGAAGAAGGUGAGAGGAAACGCUUAAGGUGCGACUCUAAAAGGAAUAUGUACUAUAAAAGGCUGUGCCGUAAUUGCUAAAUUGUCGUCGCUGCCAGCCAUCGUCACCGCCGGCGGGUCCUCUUCUUGUAAAUAAAUGUUUCCGUUCGCCGUAACGUUCUCGCCUCCGUGGUCGUCGCAGAAAUUCACCUUAACGUUACUGCAGUGCAACAAGAGCACCCGUGUAGCAGCCACCCACCAGAAAUAGAGACAAAAGGAGCAGGUCGUCGGCCGCGAAAAGACGCCAAGGCAUCCCAAGGAAUGAACCAAUAAAAUAAAAUUGAACGGUCUGCUCUCUCCGUCAGCACACACUAGAACCGCAUCAACGGUGGAAAUUACUGGAGCCACGUAGCGGAAAGGAGUGCUUGGCCUAGCUUUUAUGAAAAAUUGACGACACACCCACGCAAGGACGACCCAUCCAUCGCAUCGGCUCACAUCGGCACGGGCCCUCGAGGAAGCGAGCAAUGUCCACGUUGAAUCAGCAUAACAAUAUGUGCCACUCCAAUUUAAUAUUCAUCAUACUUUUCAUUUUUAACGAUUACGUCACAGGCGACAUCAGUACGUCCUUAGCGCUAAGUAAGCUCAACUCUGGCGGAACGUUUUUCGCCGGACCAUACCUAGACGGGAGCGGAGUUAGUAACGUGACCACACAGAUAGGAACACAUGCAUAUCUGCCGUGCAAGGUGAAACAGCUGGGGAACAAGUCGGUGUCAUGGGUACGAGUGAGAGACGACCACAUCCUAACCGUGGACAGAAUGACAUUUAUAGCCGACGAACGCUUUCAAUCAUUCUACGUGGAGAACAGCGGCGUUUGGACGCUGCAGAUCAAGUACGUUCAGGCACGUGAUGCCGGAAUAUACGAGUGCCAGGUGUCGACAGAGCCGAAAAUAAGUGCUAGAGUACAUCUGCACGUUGUUGUGCCAAGAACCGAGCUUAUUGGAGAUUCCGACCGGUACGUGAAGGCAGGGAGUGCCGUCAUACUGCGUUGCGUCGUCCGUGGUGCCCUGGAGCCACCAUCCUACAUUAUUUGGUAUCACGGCACCCAGCAGAUUUUCACCGAGAACCGGCGAGGCUGGAAAACGCAGCUGGAUCGUGGCGCACCGGACCUCGAUGGUGACAUCCACAGCACAAUUGGAUCAUUGAUCAUCGAGUCAACAAGGAAAAAAGAUUCCGGGAACUACUCGUGCAGCCCAUCGAACAGUCCACCGAUCACCGUUUCGCUGCAUGUCAUCAAUGGUGAAUCCUCAGCAUCGGCCGUAACAUCGUCCGCUGGAUCGCUAUUCGAUGACAGUAUAUCAAUGGUUAAGCAGAGGAACAUCCAUAUUUUACUGCAGCAUAGGUCAUUUGUUAUGUUACUCGUUUUGGUUAUCUACGCUCAGCUAAGCUGUCGCAUGUACUAGUUAAGAGAAUUUAUCUAAGUUAAUAAAUUUGAAAAUCAUAUACAACAUACCAGCAGCAAAAGAGUCGCAGACACAAAACGAGAAGAACGCGUUCAACCCGGACCGAAGUUGUAUAAUAGGUGAGAUUCGGUACGAUCCUGGACAAUUGCUCACAACGUACAUCGACUGAGAUAUUUCAAACUACUGUAGAAAAAAAGAAGAGAAGCGAAACGAAACGAAGAAAAAAAGUUUGUUCCCUUCACAUCGUUAUCACCAUCGAUCAUCCAUCGCCGUUUUUUGGCAGUAAUAAAAAAAAAAGAGAAACACAAUUGAAUAAGAAACAUGCAGAAAAAAAACACCUAGAGUUAGAGAUGCAUUACAAAAUUCUAGAAAGAAGUAAAACAAAACAAAAAUACGAAACCAAAACGACACAAACCAGCUGGGCAUCUCUUGUGUGGGUUGGUGUAAUCAUGAGUGCUGAAUCAAAGUAGGCCGGUCGGAUGUGGCACACCCGUAGCAACGCUUCCAGCUGCAACGUUUGACUGCUUUGAUUUUCUCGACACAGCGGGCACAAUGGGUGGAAAUGGUCAAAAUGUUCACUGGCCAUUGCUUCAUUGGUCUUGAUAUUUGUUUUACAAUGUUAAAAUCUCUGGAAUGCUCUGCUCAUAGUACAGGAUUCUUACUGACUGUAAAACUUCUGAGAAAUCGUUAUUUCAUAUAGAAAGUGUGGGCCAUUUCUAGGACAGUCAGCUUCUUCCAUCACUGAUUGAAAAACUUUGUUCAAACUAAUUAAACCCCACUAACUUGUGCGCUUAUGAGUGCCGAAUUUAGCUUUUUGCUACUGCUUGACUGAACUUCUUGAUUUUCUGCCUAUAACAGUCACGAUCUUGAAACAACUUUUGAGCUCGGGACUCGACCGCGCCGGCCCAUAGACGAACGUGCCAAAACGUCAAGCUGCCAACAAUGGCGGCCUUCGAGGUAGGCAAGAUUUUUUUGGCUAACGAAUUCAAGGGCGUUUUUCGGAUGAGGAGGCUCUCGGAUGUGGAAAGCCCACUGAUAUGGAAAACAAAUCUUACUCAGAUGCAUUCAUGCGUUUUUUGUUGGUGUACAGCAUUUGCUGGUGGCGUUUUGCCAAACGUUCUUGAACUCCAGGUGGUGGAAGUGCACAACAAUGAUAAUAGACCGAUCGCUCGAUCGGAAAAUGUAGGGGUUAGUUUAUAGCUACACCUGUAGGUCUUUUCUCAGAGAUCAUUUGGUCUAGCAGUGACUGAACGGAUAUGUAGGAGGGUGUCUUAAGCCGCGAAUCACCGACGGCGGCCGAAAAGUUGUGUGACUCUAUACACGCAGUAGACAUCGGUACAACCUUAAUAUCAGGUAUCAGGUAUCAAUAGGUCGGCUCCAGAGGCACGUUCUCCUCCUUCUGAGAAAAUUUGUGCCAUAGCCAUGAAUACGAGCCUUUUCAUCAUUUGCCUGAGGGAGAAGGGAUGAAAAAAAGGAUUGGCCAGAGAAAAGGGAUGGGUAAGGGAAUAGUAUCGUCAUACACGCAUAAGCGUACCACAAUGGGUUCACGCAGCGCCCUGAAAAGGGCUUUGUACUAGCGCGUAAAGCGUAAAGAGAGCCUAUAGUUUUUAACCACAUCGAGUCAAGAACAGAAGAAUAUCCUGAAGAUUCAGGUUUAUGAAGUAAGUUUCACUUAAUAAAGAGUUUACCGACUACUCAGAAAUCAGCUUGUACAAAUGAAUCAGCUUGCUGAAUAUUCGCCAUAUGAUAGCUAAGUCGGCAGUGAUUAAUCAAUGCUUUGACCAGCAUGUUGCAAUUCUGCUUAGACAAAUUAGUUACAUACUUCGCCACUGUUGGAAAUGGCUCAGUACAAUACAAUUUGGUUUUACGGCAUGACUUCAAGCUAUUAAAAUAUUGUUUAUGCUAAUGGCAGUCCAUGUGCCAAUCUGAACCUUAACCCAACACAUCGAUAUCGGAAAAGCUGGCUCAGAAACAAUGAAGUCUGUGAUGUUCCAGUGCGAGCUAACUCCUGAUGGCUGAUGAGCAAUUCAUUUCCAGCGAUGGAAGAAUGGUCGGGUACCCAUACAAGGUGAACAGCAUUAGCUGAAUUCAGCUCCUCAAUUUGAGUUCGACAAGCGUUGACUAACUUUGACCUGAAAUUGGUCGAAUCAAGUACUUUAAUAUCUGAACAGAAGUAUAUGACGUUACCCAUUACGUGCUGCUGAAAUACUGAUUGCACUCCAAUCAGCAAAGAUUUCAGCCUGAAAAACAGUGUGUCUACCAACUGAGUAAGACUAAUAAUGUAGCCUUAGCUCACGAGAGUGGACAUCAGCACCUGCUCGACCUUAGAGAAUAGAGCCAUUAGUGAAACAUACGAUGCCAUCUAAAAUACUUCUCUCCAGAUAACCAGAUGUCCACUCUUCCGGGGAAGGAAAUUUCGAGGAAAAUGUCCAAUAUGGAAAAUUACAAGCAAUUGUAAGAUCACUUGAAGCAAGGACAACUUUGUCCCAAUCCACCAAAAGUGGAAACAACGAGGUGUGCGUUGAUCUGCGGUUCACAGGAGUUUCCUCUAGUAAACUGUGUACCGGCGGUAAGAACAAGAUAGUGCUUCUUAUUUAAGAUGAAUGUGUAGUGGGGUAACGUCAAAGAGAACUUUGAGCGCUGCCGUGGGAGUUGAAGAGAACGCUCCAGACAUCGCCAUUAAGCACAUCCUUUGGAGAUGGCCUAUUUUUGAUUGGACCGUUCUCACUUCGCCCUUUUGCCACCACACAAGACAUCCAUAAGCCAAUAUUGGCCGAACCACAGUUGUGUAAAUCCAUUUGAUAUACUUGGGUUUUACACCCCAAGUUGUACCAAGAGUACGCCGGCAUUGCCCGAAGGCUAUACAAACUUUCUUGAUUCUGAACUCAAUGUGAGGUGUCCAGGAAAGCUUGGAAUCAAGAAUGACUCCAACGUACUUUACCUGUUCAGUCACAUCGAUUUCAGAAUCAAAGAGACGCAAAGGUCGAACGCCAUUACGGUUGCGCCUUUCCGUGAAAAGAACAAUAGAUGUUUUACUCGGAUUAACAGAAAAGUCAUAUUGGCGACACCAACCCACAACUAUCUGAAGGGCGCUUUGCAUCAGGUCGAAAAGGGUGCUGAUGCACAUACCGACUAACAAUGUUAGGUAGUCGUCGGCAAAACCAUAAGGAAACCCGCUAUUAUUUAGUUGCCUCAAUAGCGUAUCUGCUACAAGAUUCCACAAAAGCGGUGAUAAGACUCCCCCUUGGGGGCAUCCACAAACACUCAAUUUCCUAAUCGCCGCUUGACGCAAUGUCGAGAAGAGAUAUCGGUUUUGAGCAUUUGGUGAAUCCAAUUGGAAAUCAUUGGAGAUAUACCAUGACCCCGUGCGGCUUCCAAUAUGGCAUCGAAAAGCACGUUGUCAAAGGCACCCUCGAUAUCUAAGAAAACACCCAGACAAGACUGCGUUUGAGCGAAUGCUUUCUCGAUAUCGUAAACAACCUUGUGUAAAAGAGUCACAGUGGACUUACCAGAUUGGUAGGCAUGUUGGUUCACAUGAAGAGGCACGUUCGGAAUAAACUUUACAGUAAUAUCCCGCCAGGAUUUGGAAAUAUACCCUGUAGCAAAACUGCAAACAAGUAGUUUUUUUCAAAACAUGUUGGAAAUGAUCAAAUCCCUUCUGAAGCAAAGUAGGAUAAAUUCCAUCUUCUCCAGGAGAUUUGAAAGGAGCAAAGCUAUUAAGUGCCCACUCAAUCGAUUCUAUGGUUACAAUACUCCGAGCCAAAGCUUAAGAAUCAUAACUACAAGAAAAGACAUCAGGUUCAUCCGAAGAUGUAAUAUCCACAGUAUUCCACACAUCCAGGGAAGUGUGUGCUGAAUAAGCAUUCCAGAACUUCCUCAUCAGAGGGAGUCAGAUCACCAUUCAGCAAACAAAGUUCGUUCACCCGGAAAUCCUUAGAUUUCGCAAGGAUUUUGUUUAACCGACUGACUUAACUCAAGCUGGAAACAUUUGUACAAAGGUUUUUCCAGCCGGAUCGUUCAGCAGACCGGAAAGCUUUCCUGUAGGCCUUGCGAGCCGACCUUAAAGCCUCCGAACCAGCCGAAUGUCGUCUGUUCCAACUCUUUCAUUGUUUCCUGAGCUUCGCCAGAACAGAGUUCCACCAAGGGGUUCCUCUUGUGAUCUUCACAAAUCGUAGAGGGCAUGCUUCUUCAAAAGUUUCCAUGAUGAAGGCCGUUGUAGUAUCAACGGCAUCAUUUAAAUCACUUGGAGUGUCAAUAGAUGGCGAGUAUCCAUGAAAUUUGGCCGCAACCAAAUCAGUAAAAAGAUCCCAGUUUGUAGACCGAGGAUUCCUGAAACGCAAUGUUUGCGAAGUAACAUUUAAAUGUUCAAAAAAUAUAUAGCGAUGCUCAGAUAAAGAUUCUUCAUCUGGCAUGCCAAUUGGUCAGCUCGUGACUAAUUCUGUUAGAACAAAUCGUCAUGGCUAACACUUCCUCUCUAGAAGAUACCAUGAAGGUUGGGCGGUUGCCUAUAUGUUAAGUAAUCCAAGAUCUGUACUACUUAAGUACUCCAUCGAACUGAAGCCUCUCAAGUUAAUGUCUGAGCUACCCCAGAUGAUAUGGUGAGCAUUAGCAUCACUGCCAACAGUUAGCGAAAGACAUUUUGAAGUGCAAUAUACGAUGACUUGUUUGAAAGCAUCCGUAUGGGACGGUUCAUCAUGUGGUAGAUAAACCGAACAAUAGACGUAUUUCCUGUUGAGAUACGAGUAGCAACGAUUCACUGUUUGUUUUCCGGGUGAAUUCCACACUUCUGAGCAACCAACAUAAUUUCCCUGUCCAGACCGUCGCACUUGUCGCUUGAACACUCGGAGUGUUUGCAAUUACUCUUCGAGCAUGGUCCAAGUCUCACAUCCUUUUGAACGCAUUUUCUUCUGGAGCCCAUAUUAGGAAUGACUUCCACUAGAAUCACUUCUUCCUAGAAGACGUCCUAGAAUGAACUAAAAUGCCAAAAACAGUUUUACACACCAUCCAUUGCAAUAGAUUGUGGAAGUUCCUUUUGCCAAAGUCAACAAAUCAAGAUUCAAUUUCAUCAGACAGUAACAAACUAUGACCAUUUCAAUGAAAAUUUUCUCCCCCUGUGCCAUGAUCCAACGAGUUGCAGUUCAAACAAAAAAAAGAAUGCAUGUAUACUGGCAUAUUUAUCGAUUAUUACCGACACUGAAUUUCACGUCGUGGACAAUAAAUUGUAAGUCUUGCUUUUACGGUUUUCGAUAGAGAGUCUAUCUCUAUCUGUUUUCCCUCGCCCGACCUCAUCUAGCCCCCGGCAGCCAGCGGCCUACAUGCUCUCGAGAGCUAGCUAUGAUGAUGAUGAUGGUUAUUCUGUUUCACAUUCCUGCUAGUUCCGAAAACUCAAACAUCAUCCCCGGAGGACCAGGCUCACAUGGAACGCGCAGUUCUCGCUACCUCGCUAUAACUGAGAUAGCCCAGCGACAGUCGAAUGGCAGAAAAAAAUGUGAUCGUCGUACCUACUGGCCAAGCGUGGAAAAUGUUGGCCAUCAAUUGAAUACAUCGUUUAGUUCGGCACAAUGGGCGAUAUGGUGCGAUACUCGCUCUCUCUUGUAUCGAUAUUGGUGGUGAGUGUGGCAUGAACGCGAGCGGAAACAUAUCAACCCAAGUGAGUUGGAGUUGGUUGAAGGGCGCUACAGAACAGAAAAAAAAUCAAAGGUUUGAGUUAUGAACGAUUUCACGGGUGGGCGAAACCGAGAUGUGUGUUGCCUAAUGGUGCUGUGCAAGAAGAGCUUAGCGGAUGUAUUCUGUGGAUGCUUCGUGGAAAGCUCAAUGAUCUGGUGCAGAAUUUUAUGACCACGAUUGUGGGUUCUGCUCUGCUGAGUUUUUUUUUUGAGCAAUGCGAGUAUAUUUAUAAUAUUGAGAUUUGUUUUUUUUUACGUGAAGCAAAUCUACAGUUGGAAUGAAACUUUUUUCGCUAGGAUACCGCCGAAAAUAACGCUAAGAUUCCAUAGGGAAUUACUCUAGAAUUCCACAUAGAACCCCAUUAGGAUUUCAUGGAGAAGCUCGAGUCCCGCUGGUUUUCAAUUAAGGUUUACGCUGGACUUCCCAGUGGAGAUUUCUCAGGUAUAUUACUCGGUUUCCGUCUAAAACUCGCUCUUCCAUAUUACAGAAAUUGGCACAAUUCCACAGCGAACUCUGCUAGGAUUCCACAGUUAAUCCCCCAAGGAAAUGCACAAGUAAUCCUACCAACAUACGAAAUCCUUUUAUCAUUCCACAGAGAAAUCUGCAUCCCAUAAGGAAUCUUUCUGAAAUUGCACAGAUAAUUCUGCUACAAUUCCACGGGGAACCCUGCAAGGACUUUCCAAGAAAUCCUACGUGGAUUACAUUGAUUCCAUAGGAAUUUUGUGGAUUCCACAGGAAUUGCAUAGCGAUUUCAACUAGAAUUCAACAGAGAAUCCUACUAUCAUUAAUGGUCUUACUGAGAUAACACAGGGAAUUCCGCUAAGACUUGACAGGAAAUCCUGCGUUAUUUGCACAAAACAAAUCCUGCUGAGAUUCCACUGGGAAUACUGAUGUUGAACCCUGAGCUUCUUCGAAUACCUCAAGCAAUCUUCUGGUGCAACACAGCUGUCAGACUUCAGCAAAAGCCACAAAAUCCGCUUCGGUGGAAGUUUUUGCUGCACUAGUCUGCUUCUCUGGGUCAAGAUCGGUCUUCGAUUGCUUCACAUUCCACAUGUCCACAAUGUUCGGAAUGUACGCCGUUUGGAUCAGCUUGUAACCGGUUUUGCUUGUAUGCACUUCGAUUCCCAGGAAGUGACAAUUGAUCAAUCUCCGAGGUUUGACACUGUGAAAUUUUAUUGUAGACUGUUUGUCUGCAGUCUGUGUAUUGAUCAGCACAUCGGCAAUAGGUAUGAGGAUGCUUCUUGUCGUCUUGUCGUUCCUCUUGCGAAUACACAGGCACAGAUCCAACUUGGACUGAUGGAAACCCAUGGCCUUGUAAGCGAAAUCCAUCUUCCAGUGAAGCAGGCCUCACCUCGUAAUGGCAAAUAACACACGGUACGGUUGUCGCUUUUAAUGUACCUCUCCGUACAGCUGCCGCAUGUGGAUUUUUUCCGAUUAGAUACGCCGUGUUGACAUCCAUGCCCGUCAGCAAAGUCCGGAAUGUCAUCCCCUUUGCCACUGGAGUAAAGACUUUCUUCGUAGUCGGAACCAUCUUUCUGCGUAAAGGCCUGAGCUGUGAUUCACGCACGACUGCGCCUUUCUCGUCAACCCUAGUCUUGAACAGCCAUUUGCAUCCAAAGCUUCUUUUGUGUGGGGGGAGUUUGACCAACUCCUGCGUUUCGUUGUCCAUUAUCGCGCAAGAUUUAUUAUUUCUCGAACAGUCCUGUAUUCGACCAUUCUCAGCGACACCACGUUGACUCUGUGUACCACAUGUUUGUUUUUUUUUCAUGGUGCGUGUAUCCUGGAUUAUGGCAGUAUACCAUCGUUUUGAGUGUGGUCCACACAUCGCUUCCGCUGGUGUUCGAGCAUCGCCGAAUCGUUUGGACGUUCACCUGCUCGUUUUCAGGUCUUGCCGCGUGCCACUGAGACUUGGCCCACUGGAAUGGUACGGCUGCUUGCCUACAACAGCGACCUCCAGAUCGUCCUCGAGCUUCCUAAAGGUCUUCACUCGUUGUGGCAUGUGGCUGAUCGGUUUCCACUAAUUCUCGAUUAGCUUCUUCACGGAGUCGUGCAAUCGGUAUGCUUUCGCCUUUUCUCCGAAAUCGGCCAGAUUUUCUUCCUUUGACUUGGCCUUCUUCCGAAAUGGCAUAUGUACCAUUGCUUUCACCACGAAGACUCUACGUGUGAAAAAGUAGGCUUGCGGCCGCUUUAUGAUUCUUCCGACGUCAAAUUGUAUCCCUUGGUGGGGUAAUGGUGAACCAGCUGGUAGAUCGCAACUGUUACUGUCUCCGCUCAUCCUGGACAGAUUCACUUCGUACAGCAUACGCAGCACUUGUGGUACACAGCGUAAGCGUGGUGUUGCUGAAGGUGGCCGAAGGCGCGACUGCUCGAGGGUUAACGAAUUCCAUUCCGUUGUAACUUGGAAUGGUUGUAAUUUGCGUCCCGUCUGCGAAUUGAUGGGAUUGUGCGUUCCACUAGUCCAUGUGGACUAGUUGCAAGACUUCUUUUGCUGGUCGACUUACUUGGGAAAUGGUAGACUAAACUGCUUUUUUUUUACAUGAACGUCAAAAUGCUUCAUUCCGGAUUCCUUGAAUUGCACUCCUGAAAGCUGAUCAUUUUUCAACUUGUGCACGUUGGAGCGGCCCAUUCGUCCAUGUCAAAUAUCCUGGUUUUGAGGUACGGAAUUCCACAGAGAACGCCGCUAACAUUCCGCAGGCUCGUUAGUAUUUCGCUAGGAUCCCAACGGGAAUCUGCGGGGAAUCUCGCUAAGAUUUUGCAGAGAAUCCCGCCAGGAUUCCACAGGGAAUCAGGCUAGGAUUCCGCAGGGAAACUCGCUUGGAGUCUGUUGGUUAUCCCGCUGGUAUCCCGCUAUGAUUUCACAGGGCACCCCGCCAUGAUUGUGCAGUGAAUCCUGCUAGGAUUUUGCAAGGAUUCUGUCUAGGAUUUCACUGCGAAUCCCGAUAAGAUACCGCAGACGAAUUCUGCAGGCGAACCCCGCUAGGAUUCCACAGGUGAAUCUCGCUAGGAUUGCUCAGGUGAAUCCCCACUAGGAUUCUCCAUGCGAAUCCCACUAAUAUUCUUCAGGGAAUCCCGCUUGAAUUCCGCAGGGAAUCCCGCCAGGAUUGCGCAGGCAAAUCCCACCAGGAUUGCGCAGCGAAUUCCGCCAGCAUAAUUGCGCAGCGAUUAGGAUUCCGCCACAAAUCCCGCUAGGAUUCCAUAGGUGAAUCCCGCUAGGAUUCCGCAGACGAACCUGCUAUGGCUGGGAUUCCGCAGCUGAAUCCCACUACGAUUCCGCAUGGGAUUCCCCGCUAGGAUGUCACAGCAAAUCUCUUUAGAAUUCCGCUAUUAUUCCGCAGGGCAUCACGCUCGAAUUCCGCAAGGAAUCCAGUAAAGCUUCGCGCAGGGAAUCCCGCCAGGAUGGCGCAGGCAAAUCCCGCUAGGAUUCCGCAGGUGAAUCCGGCAAGGAUUCCGCAGGCGAAUCCCGCUGGGAUUCCACAGGCGUAUCCCGUUAGGAUUCCGCAGGCGAAUCCCGCUAGGAUUCCGCAGGAGAAUCUUGUUGCGAUUCCGCAGGUGAAUCCCGCUAGGAUUCCGCAGGCGUAUCCCGUUAGGAUUCCGCAGGCGAAUCCCGCUAGGAUUCCGCAGGAGAAUCUUGUCGCAAUUCCGCAGGUGAAUCCCGCUAGGAUUCCGCAGGCGUAUCCCGUUAGGAUUCCGCAGGCGAAUCCCGCUAGGAUUCCGCAAGAGAAUCUUAUCGCGAUUCCGCAGGUGAAUCCCGCUAGGAUUCCGCAGGCGUAUCCCGCUGGAAUUCCACAGGCGUAUCCCGUUAGGAUUCCGCAGGCGAAUCCCGCUAGGAUUCCGCAGGAGAAUCUUGUCGCGAUUCCGCAGGCGAAUCCCGCUAGGAUUCCACAGGCAAAUCCCGCUAGGACUCCGCAUGCAAAUCCCACUAGGAUUCCACAGGUGAAUCCAGCUAGGAUGCCGCAGACGAAUCCCGCUAGGAUUGCACAUGCGAAUCCCGCUAGGGUUCCACUGGCGAAUCCCGCUAGGAUUCCACAGGCGAAUCACGCUAGGAUUCCACAGGCGAAUUCUGCUAGGGUACCGUAGGUGAAUCUCGCUAGGAUUUCACAGCGAAUCUUGUUUGGAUUCCACUGGCGAAUCCCGUAAGGAUUCCACAGGGUAUCCCGUAAGGAUUUUGCAGGGAAUCCCGUAAGAAUUUCACCGAAAAUCCCGUUAGGAUUCCAUAGAGAAUCCCACUGGAUUUCACAGUGAAUCCUGCUGGGAUUCCGCAGCGAAUUUUGCUAGGAUUAUGCAAGGAUUCCGGCUAGGAUUUCGUAGCGAAUACCGCUUAGAUUCCGCAGUGAAUUCCGCUAGGAUUCUGCAGGCAAACCCUGCUAGGACCCCACAGGCGAAUCCCGCUUGUAUUCCGAAGGGGAAUCUCGCUAGGAUUCCACAGAGAAUCUCGCUAGGGGUUCACAAGGGAAUCUCACUAAGACUCCGUAGGUAAUUCCGCUAGAAUUUCGCAGGUAGUCCUAAUAUAACUCCACAGGGAAUCCCGCUUAUAUUCCACAGGUGAACUCUAAUAUGAUUCCGCAGACGAAUACCGCUAGGAUUUUAAGGCAAAUCCCGCUAGGGUUUUUUUUUUUAACCCGUUAAGGUUGUUAAUGACAUUCCGCUAGCAUUCCACAGGGCACACCGAUAGGAUUGCACAUCCUGGAAUCCACUAGGAUUCCGCAGGGAGUUCUGCUAGGGUCCCACAAAUAAUUCAGCUAAGAUUUCAAGGAGACUUUCGCUAAGAUUUAACGUGAAUCCCAGGACAUUCCGCUGGUGUUUAUCGUAGUAUCUAGAUGCUGUUCUCCCUUAUGUGGACUCCCUCUAGUUGUAAGUAAACUGAGCUGAAAAAUUAUAGAUUGAGAUUGGAUAUUAUAAUCCAGUUGGAUGUUAUAAUGCAAUUGGAUUUAUUAUAAUCCAAUAAUUAGUUCUCAUUCCCAUAUUACAAUUCAACUCUUGUGAUGUGAAUUUUCAUAUAUAGAAUUCAAUUGGAAACCCGGCAAUUACAAGCACAGGUUGAACUGCUCACAUUACACCACAUCCAUUGAAUGGUUGAAAAGUUUUCGUUAGCAAACCCUAAUCUGACCUUUUUGUUCCGUUGUUCAUAAUUGUCCCCACGAAUUGCUCGAUUUCUACUAAGUACCAUUGAAAUCGACAUACCAAAGAGUAAACCCACUCAAUGACAAAACAUACAAGGCUUAGAAUGCCACAAUGGAGCAUACAUUUCCUACAGGAUAUUGCAUUGUUUGUCCACCAUUCCGAAAAAUAUAAGCCCAAACAAAGCGAUGCAUCAUCACCGACACACUCCGGAAAGUGAGAGCCAGCAAUGUCGCCCAUGCCAAGCCUCGGUCCUCUGGAGCUUCCAAUCGAAAACGCCAAAAUCCCCACGAGAAAAAAAAGAGCCCAUUGAAAAGUUAUUCACCGAUUUGCAUUCUGUUUGCGUUCCCUCAAAACUGUGCGGAACCAGCCGCUCAACGCGUUCGAAAUUUAUCGAACAGUAGUGAAAGUACUUGUCCGUAAUUAUUUGACUAACAGAAUAAAAAACGAAAAGGCAAGAGAAAAAAAACACAACACAAGCAAUGUCAAACAAAGUACCGCGACACAAAAAUACAAAACCAAUGCAGAGCAAAGUGUACGUCCACUUCAGUUUUAAACAAAAAUGAGAACUUGAGAAGCGCAUGAAAAACACAACAACAAAAAAUCAGCAGUUCCAGUGCAUGUACAGGCGCAACAGUACGAAUGAUACAAUGAAAAAACGAUUUCCAUACGCAACAACAAUACAGAGCAGAGCUGGAAAGUGAAACAAAUAGCGCAAGUAAUAAAUUGGAGGAUUAAGUACUGAAAACAAAAAAAAAGCAGAACUCAUUCUCUAGUGGAAGAGGGGAUGCCCGUAUGUCCGUGAAUAAUGCCAGAGUGCACCAGAGCCAGUUGAUGUGAGUGAGUGAGUGCGAGAGAGAGAAAAAAGGAACACAGAUCAGAGAAGAGCACUUGACGAUUGAAACUGAUGCACACCGAAAUUAAGCCGUGUGUGAUUGAGGUAGGUGAAUGAGUGCGCGAAAUAUCGAUGAAUACUGUUAUACAAUUCAAACACUACAUAAACGAAAAAAAAACAUGAACAGAAAAAAACAAGCAAAUUCAAUUUUAAUGAUACCAUAAAAAGGAAGUUAUAAAACUGGUCGUGAAUCAAACUCGUACACGGAGACAAAAAAAUAAGUAUAAAUUGGUAAAUGAAAAGAUAAGAAAAAAUGACUAGUGUAGUUAUAUAUUAGUUAGGUAAUUCAUGAAAAUUAUAUUGUACAUAUUUUUAUAUUUUAAAUUUCAGUUGAAUAAAACAAAAAUAUUUUUUUUAAUAAAAAGUUA